CCAGACGCCAGUGUGUGUAAUAGCGCGGAAGGCAGCGUGUAAUUCGCACGCACUGCUAAUUAUAAACAUUAGUUCGUGAGUGAUUUUUCUCUGAAACGCAUAAUAAAACAUCAUCAACUUUAAAUAACGUGUUAUUAUAACCUGCUCGAAGUACACAAAACAAAUAUAAAUAAUGUAUAUAUAGAAAGAUAACACGAAUAGUACUUCUAAAUAUAAAUUCAAACAAACAUUGUCAUUCAAGUGUUCUUCACGUCAACGGUGUGCACUCUGCAUCCGUGUCUGACAAAAACAGCUGAUUUAAAAAUUGUUCUUUGGAUUUUGGAGUCAAAUUAAACAUGCUGUUUCUAAUAUGGACGGUGGUACUGUUUGCUACCUUGUACCUUUAUCUGCGGCGUGUCUACACGAAAUUCUCGGCUAGUGGUGUGAAGAAUCUGCCCACAAUACCACUGCUGGGAAAUCUGCUUCCCAUUCUAUUGCGGAGAAGACAUUUGGCCGAGGACAUGGAUUUUUACUACAACCAAUUUCCUGACGAAAGGUUUGUUGGUCGUUUCGAAUUUGUCAACCCAAUCGUGAUGGUUCGCGACUUGGAUUUAAUAAAGAGAAUUACGAUAAAAGAUUUCGAAUACUUCCUCGAUCAUCGAGGCUUUACUGAUGAGAAGGUGGAACCCUUAUUCGGUAGAAAUCUUUUUUCACUCAAAGGUGAUGAAUGGAAAGACAUGCGAUCAACUUUGAGUCCGGCCUUCACCAGCUCUAAGAUCCGACUGAUGGUUCCGUUCAUGGAGGAGGUAGGGAACCAGAUGAUAGCGUCACUUAAGAAGAAGAUUGAAGAAACUGGCGGCCCAAUUCAAGUUGAAUGUAAAGACCUAACGAGUCGUUACGCCAAUGACGUCAUAGCAUCGUGUGCAUUUGGACUAAAAGUUGAUUCACACCUGGAUGCAAACAACACAUUUUACGAACAAGGAAAGACUGCGUCUUCGUUCAAAAUGCGACAGUUGUUAAUGUUCUUUGCAUAUAGUGCUUUUCCCAGUAUUGUUAAGAGACUGAAGCUGACAUUAUUUUCGAAAGACACUACAAAUUUCUUCAUUAGCCUGGUAUUGGAUACGAUGAAGAACCGAGAAGAAAACAAUAUCAUCCGUCCUGAUAUGAUACAUCUCCUCAUGGAAGCUAAGAAAGGGCAAUUGAACCAUGAUGAAAAGACAAAAGACAAGGUUGGUGAUACUGGGUUCGCGACCGUUGAAGAAUCUGCAGUUGGAAAGAAAACUUCACAAAGAGAAUGGUCUGACACAGAUUUGAUCGCCCAGGCUGUGCUGUUUUUCAUUGCUGGGUUCGAAACCAUCUCAGUCGGCAUGUCAUUCGCUCUUCAUGAGUUAGCAUUGCACCCAGAAGUUCAAGAAAGACUAGCGCAGGAGAUAAAAGACACGCACGAGAGGAGUAAAGGAAAGUUAGACUUUAAUCUGAUACAGAACAUGCAGUAUAUGGAUAUGGUUGUGUCGGAGGUUUUGAGAUUGUGGCCCCCAGGCAUAUCGCUUGACCGGUUAUGCUGUAAAGAUUACAAUAUGGGAAAACCAAACAAAUAUGAAAAUAGAGAUUUUAUUCUUCGUAAGGGAGACCUGGUCGCGAUUCCAGUGUUUUCUAUCCAUCGCGACGCAAAAUACUUCCCUGAUCCUGAAAAAUUUGACCCAGAGCGUUUCUCCGAUGAAAAUAAACAUUUGAUCAAAUCAAUGACCUAUAUGCCGUUUGGUGUUGGACCUAGAAAUUGUAUUGGUUCAAGAUUUGCUCUCCUUGAACUCAAGAUGCUUAUCUACCAGAUUAUUCUUCACAUGGAAGUGUCGCCAUGCGAGAAGACCUGCAUCCCAUCAAAACUGUCCGUAGAAUCUGUCAACCUCAGGCUUGUUGGCGAUCAUUGGUUGAACUUCAAAAUACGUCAGUAAAAUUAGACGUUUAAUAAGAUAAUAUUGUCUUAAAUUUAUUUCGAAAUUUAAAAUAUUAAUUAAGAUUAUGUUAUACCUUAGAUUAUAUAUAAUAUAUUAGAUUAUUUAUACUUCUAGAUAGAGCCUCUUACUGUAAGGCACCGAUUGACAGCUACGUUUUACACUCGCGAUACGACAGUCACAUUGUUUUAGUAUGCAGGCUUUGAUGAAAUAGAGGCUAAUAGUUUGCCACUACUUUUCGUUUGACGUAUUCACAGCUGUGACAGUCUUGACGUAUACAUCAUUUAAGAUAAAUAGUAAAAUAAACUAUAGGCAAAUUAGCCAAAUAAAUCAUCUCGAUUAUCUGUUAGAUGUACAUCUUAUGUGUAAGUAAGUAAAAGUUCUAAUUAAAUAUAGAAAAUGCCAUGAAUCUAUUAGAUUCUGUAAAUAGAUUUUAUCUACACUUAUGCUUUAAAACCUCUAUUAAAGAUUCUAAAACAGUUAGCUUAGUGUUUUAUUGUUGCCAACAUUAAAACACUCAAUGUCCUAAUUACCAUUACAUCAACCAAACGAGUGUUGUAAUGAAAUUCAGUACAAAAUUACAACACUCGUUUGGAUGAUGUAAUGAUUACUAGGACUGGCUUUUUUAAUGGUAGCAGUAAGCUAACUGUUUCAGAAUCUUUUAUAGAGGAUUCAUAUUAUGGGUGUAGAUAAAGACUUGUUAAUUAGGCCUUGUCUUGAUAAUUAGGUAUUAAAACACUCAUGGGAUACUAUUAUCAACCCACAUUCGUGUUUUAACACCCCUUGUUACACAACAGUUGCAUAAAUAACUAUUAAGAGAUCUACAAAGUAAGAUUUUAAUUUGAGAAUUGAUAUAAAAGAUUAAUAAAGGACUAAAUAACAUGUACUACUGAAUUUACUGAUUUUUUCGUCAGUUUAGAUUUGAAAUUAUUUAUAUGAAUUUGGUGGUGAUGGAUUUGAGAAAGUAGUCAUAAUUGUUACCUAUUAUUAAAUUAUAUUGUAAUGUUGUAUUCAUUUUUUAUAGAAUUAAAAUUUCAUAACAUGA